ACCGAAACUGACGCUCCCGUCGCCCCGUUUCUGGGCGUUCCUCAGGAAGCGUCUGGCAACUCUGGACGGCAGAUGGAAAUGUAAAAUGGCCGCCGAAGUGCUAAUUAAGAAGGGAAAAAGAGGAGCGGCUGCAUAUUUUCAAUCGGAAUGCGCAAGAACAAGCAACCCGAGGCAGCUAAACGAGCUGUUGGACAUUAUUCUUGACCCUCGAAAGCCCAUCGACAUAUGGGACACCAUAGAUUGGUGCAAAUGGCUCAUGGCCGGAGGCAAGACUCCGGACGAGUUCUCCCAGACAGUGCGGCGUUACGACAAUGCCACCACGUGUGGCCUGGUGUGGACGGCGAACUUUGUGGCAUAUCGGUGCCGCACGUGUGGCAUCUCGCCGUGCAUGUCCCUUUGUGCCGACUGCUUCCAGCAGGGCAACCACCAGGGGCACGAUUUCAACAUGUUCCGCAGCCAGGCGGGGGGUGCCUGCGACUGUGGCGACGCCAGCGUCAUGCGUGAGGAUGGGUUCUGCCACCGGCAUGGUCCCAAGGCACAAGCUGGCAAGCCGCCAGCACCUCCGGAUCUACUCUGCGUGGCAGAGUCCAUGAUGCCUCGAGUCAUCCUGCGCCUCGUCCAGCACCUGCGUGAGCACAGCAGCAGUGUUGAUGCUGGAACAGUGGGCCAGAAGGCGGUGCAAGAGGCAGAUGGCUUUCUAACUAUGCUGCAUCAGCUGAGUGAGAUGGGCGCUGUCAUGCGGCAAGUGAUGACUCACGCGCUCACCAACCCCCUCAGCUAUCGAACUCUCACCUGUGCUGCCGCCAUCGAUGUGGAGGACGAGGAGAAGGCAAAGUUUCUACGGCACAACUAUGAGUGCUACGAGGAGGCCAAGCGUCGGCUGCAGAACUGGGAGUGCCCACCUGAGUACCAAGAGAUCGCCUCACUACAGCCCGUCCUGAUGCACAACAGCUUCCUGGAGGAGUUGGUCUUCUGGAUGGUCAAGUUUGAGUUCCCUCAGAAGCUAGUCUGCUUCCUGCUCAACAUGCUACCUGACAUAAACUAUAAGGAGGCAUUCACGCAGACCUUCGUGCAGCACUACAGCCGCAUCAGCCACAUGCUGACACAGUCAACCGACUCAGAGACCCUGUCCAACCGGGUGGUGCAUGUGAGCGUGCAGCUGUUCUCCAACGAGGCGCUGUCACUGCGCAUGACGCGCCGGGCACACCUGCUGCACAUCAUGGUGAUCAGCUUGCGCGCCAUGAUGUCCCUCAUCCUGCAGCCCAGCACCCUGCAGGAGGGCGAGCGCAACUUCCACUACGUCGUCAACUGUGGGCACCGCAUUGCCAAGGACCACUGCUACUGGCCGCUGGUGAGCGACCUCAACAACAUCCUCACCCACCGGCCGGUCGCCAUGGAGUUCCUGGCCGACACCCGCCUUCUGGACAUGUGGUUCUCCCUGCUCUCCAUGUUUCAAGGCAUGAACGUCAACCAGCGAGAGCUGACCCAGCACGUGGAGUUCGAGCCCAACACGUACUAUGCAGCCUUCUCGGCCGAGCUGGAGGCUUCAGCAACGCCGCUCUGGGCGCUUAUCUCACACCUCAAAAAUGAGGAAACUUUGCCUCUGUCUAAGAACGUCCUUGAGAGGUGCCUCACAGCACUGGAGGAUUUCUUUGACAGCAUUGGCUUCAAGAAGGAUGAUACACCCAACCCGUACCAGGUGUCAUUCCACUUGCCCCUGCACCGGUACUAUGCGGUGUUCUUGUGCCAGGCAGUGACGAGGCAAGGGGCCACGCUAGUGGAGCUGCUGCCAGACACUGAUGUCCUGAUGACCCUAAUGGCACACCCUCUACAAGCCAUGGUGUCGUUCCACGAAAUAUUGUGUGGCCUCUGGGCGCGCAAUGGACUGCAGAUCAAGGGCCAGGCCAUGACGUACAUCCAGUGCCACUUUUGCAACUCCAUGGUGGAUGCCGAUCUCUUUCUGCUCCAGCUGUGUGCCACCCAUCUUGAUCCUGACUGGUUCAUUUCUACGGUCUUUCAGAGGUUCCACGUGUGGGAGUGGCUGUCGCUGUCGCCCAAUCGGGCCAACUCCUUUCUGGAGCCGGACAAGGUGCUGCCCAUGCUGGAGGCUGCGCUCACCUUUCUUGCCAUGCUCUUCAGCGUCCGCACCAACCUGGGCAUGAGCGAGGCUGAGGUGACGCGGCAGGAGAUGGUGAGCCUGCUGUGCAUGGGGGACCGUACGCACUCCCAGCUGAUGGACCUGCUGCCUGAGAAGUGCGGCACCAGUGCCCACAGCCGGGACUUCGAGGCCUUCCUCGAGGAAGUGGCACUAUACAAGCAACCAAACUUCGAGGCCGGCGGCAACUUGCUACAGGGAAUGUAUGUGCCUCAAGGUUCAGUGUGGGAGCGAGAGUAUGAUCCCGUGCACGUCCAGCUGCGUGCAGUGCAUCGCAAGGACUAUCAAGCAUCCAUGGACCGAUACAUGCACUUCAUGCGUCAGUCUGGUCGGCUCAAGGGAAGUGCCACACCCUGGCCACCGUACCGACUGCCACGCACUGUCCACCCAGAGCUGGUGGACCCCCGCAAGCUGCUACAGUGCAAGACUAUGCAGGCUGCUCUGUUCAUCAUCUUGUUCAAGGCCCUGAAAGACCCGGAGGUUCCCGAGCAGAUACUGGCUCUCACUGUCUACCUGCUGGAGAUGGCCCUGCAGUUUCACCCUCACUCCGUCUCUCAGAAGGACGAUCUAACAUCGGUGGCUGAGGUGACAGACCUGUCACUGUUGGAGUGGUUUCCGGAGACAUGCAUAGUGCAGAAUGCGCUGCGCACCAUUAAGACAGUGAUGCUGCCGGAUGGCCUGGCUCUUGCUCCAUCGGGCGUCGAUGACAUGGAGGUCGACCAGGAUCCCGAUGAAUUCCUCGAGGAGGCCGAGGAUGCCCUUGCCUUCCUUUUCCCAUCGGCCAGUGGCAGCUUUCCAGAGCUCACAGCCGGCACAGAGGCACACGAAACAGGCAGCACCACUGCACCCCAACUACCCUCGUCUGGCCAGCCACUGGCUCUUCCCCCUUCCUCACCAACUCCAGAAACUGGUGCGCUGGUUCCGGUAAACCCUGAAGCUGGCACCAUGGUGCCAGCCUUUUACAGUUCUCCGCCGCCGUCCUAUUACGCCCAACCUCUGGCUGGUCCGUCGCACCCUUCCACACCAGCCCUGCCUGCACCGAAUGAUACUGGUACUGCAGAGUCAGCCACAAACACUGCCCUGGUACCUACUGCCGGUGGUGGCAGGGCAGCUGCAAGGGAAUCUGCUGACCAGGCUGCUGCUCAUUCCGGGGCCCUCAUGCCUUCCACUACCACCCUGGUUCCCACCACGUCUGGAGCAGCGGGCGUCGUGCCAAGUGAUGCACUGGUGCGGCAUGGUGCUGCCGGUAUGUCCCAGCGUAGUUUAGCUGGCCCCGGUGGGGCCCUAGUUCCAUCAUCGAGGUUGCCUACAGCACUGUGGGGGCGGGCACGCCCUCUACCCUCCUCCGAAGGGGGCUCCACUGGUGCGGCUGUGAGCGGUUCCAUAGGUGCACUCGUGCCGCUGGGGCGAGGCCUAGCUCAGCUAAGCCGGCGGCUGCGGUCCCACGGCCUCCGGUCGAGGGCUGGUGGCGGUGGCGUAAACAAUGGCAGCGGCAGCAGCGGUUGCCACCCUCAACUGCCCGCCUGUAAGCCUCGACAUGAGCUGGAGAGCAGCACUGCUUUUAAGGCCCUCCCUCCAUCAGAUGCACCACGACCAGUGGCCGAGAUAGACGAGAGCCUGGUAUCCCUGCUGCUCAAGCUGCACUCGAAACUGUCAGGCCGGCCAGACUCAUACCGGCUGCCGGACAAGGACCAAGGUGGCCCCACACCCGAAGAGCAAGAGAGGGACAGGGUCGGGGCAGGACCUCACUUCCUGGGCCUUUUGCUCGACAAACUGGUGCGGCUGACGCGCACCGGCGAUCGAGAGUCGCCUGUUGAAGAGGUGCGGCGGCACAUCUGGCCACCCCAGUUCAGUGAUGGCGAGGGAAGCUCGGCCACUCCAAGCACGUCGGCUGCAGCGCGGGAGGCUAGCGAUCGGGAGGAACGGAGGCGUCGAGCCAAGGAGCGCCAAAUGAAGCUCAUGGCAGAGUUCGCCAACAGACAAAAGUCUUUUCUCAAGAAGGCCAUGGAGAUUGAAACUGAGGAGUUGGACAUGGCAGAGCAGCUGUCCGAGCCAGAAACAAUGGUGUCAGUGGCCAAGGAGUAUGAGUGUGUCAUCUGCAGUCAGACAUCGCCUUCCACGGUGGCUCGGCCUGUUGGCAUGGUGGUGCUUCUCCAGGCUACUAGUGUGAUGGGUCAUGCGCGAGAAGAGGAGGAGGCUGACCGCAAGCUUCCCUGCUCAGACGAGGAACGCCUGCCACUGCUUCGAGACGCCAGUCGAUCGGCUUACAUGAAGCAGCGCUUUGAGACCCUCACCAUGCACUUUGAUGAUUUCCCACUGGCACAGUCAGUGAACAUAGGCUGGGAGGGUGGAGUACAUGUGCAGACGUGUGGCCAUUAUCUGCAUCUGGACUGCCACAAGUCCUACAUGCUGUCUCAAAGGAGCCAACAAAGCCAGCGGUUGCAGACUGUGGCGGUUGAGCGGGGAGAGUACUGGUGUCCACUGUGCAGACAGCUGGCGAACUCUGUCCUUCCCCUGCACCCUGAGGAGCCCCAGGGCACACUGGUGCGCAGGGGCAUGACACCCAACACUCAACUGGUGCAAGACCUGUCUGCGAUGCUUGCACACAAGCCUCCGGUUGAGGAGCCAACGAUAAAGGAGAUGCGGCCCUUCAUGGAAGACCUCACCAAUGCUACGUUCAGCCAGUACCGGACCAUCUCCUACUUGCCCAAUUCGCAUAGUCUGGUGCUGUUCCUCUGCUCCAUUGCCAGGACCAACCUGGAGGCGGAGAUAGUGCUAAGGAAGCGAAACCUCUGCCUACCACAGCCACAGCAAGUCAAGAAGCAGUCCUGUUUCUUGCCUUUGUUCCGGGUGCUGGCAUUGCAUGCAGACCGGUGGAUGGAGCGACGCCAAGCCCCCUUUUGGUCGCAACUCACUGGCAUGGUGCUCAGUGAGAAUCUUACCAGCCUGACACCCGUGGAAAGGAAGGUACCAGUGUUCGUGUGCGACCCUGCAGCUGUGCUGCUGGAACUCAUGCUUGCCUUGCCUCUGGACCUAGAAAGAGCGUACUACACGUGUCUGGUUCGGUCACUGUAUGCACUCAACUACGUCCAGUCCUUGGUGCAGAUCAGCUGUAAUCUUGGUCACGUGGCACGGACUCAGUUCAAGCAGAAAAGCCUCGGCUCACCAAAUUCCCUGGAAUCAGCAGAUUCUGUGCUCGGCUUGCUGGUUGAGCAACUUGAGCAAGGCAAUCUGUACAUUGAUGACGAGGACAUGGACACCCAUGUGAGAGGCCAGGAGUUGACAGGACACCAGCUGGAGAAGCAAGUGAUGGCCAUGUGUGGACCCUUCCUGCGCAUAGCUGCCCUGCUGCAAUCGCACCUUUUCGAGGAGAAGCUGCCCACAGCCGCAGAUCCCGCGGACGAGCUGGGCAUGCUGUGCCUGUUUCUGGGACUAGGCCGCGAGGGCCAGCCUCCCCAGUUGGCUGCGGCAGGCGUCUCGUGGGUCACCGAGAGCCCCCAGGUUCUCCUGCGCUCCUGGUGCCGUGAGUUCAACCAGUUUGCUGGCGGGGUCCCAGUGGCUGCUAGGGGCCUGAUGUCAGUGAGGUGGAACUGGGCCCAGCCCCGGCUGCUGUCUCUGCCGGGCCGCUAUGAUGAGCUCUUCCAGUACUACCACAGCCGGGCAUGCAGCAACUGCCACAGCGUGCCCAAGGAUCCGUCUGUGUGCCUUGUGUGCGGCACACUGGUCUGUCUGCGUGAGAGCUGCUGUCGCCAGCAGGCGCACUUCGAGGCUGUGCACCACUCCAUUAACUGCGGCGCGGGCACGGCCAUCUACUUGGCGGUGAACUCGUCAACAGUGAUUGUGAUACGAGGCAAGCGGGCCUGCCUCUGGGGCUCCGUCUACCUCGACAGCUUUGGUGAAGAGGACAGAGACCUCAAGCGAGGGAAGCCACUCUACUUGAGCGUGGAGCGGUACCAGCUGUUGCAGCAGCAAUGGACAACACAUGCCUUUGACCACACCUCAAGACGCUGGGUGUGGCAUAAGGACAACCUGUGAUGCACCCCUGGCCCUCCUUCCCCUCGGCCUCACCCACCGCAUCUGCGUCUGGCCGCGCUCCAGGACGCUGUUGGCCACAACUCUGUGGUGCCGUUGUUCCCCUAGGCUUGUUUCACAGAUGCCUGGACGCUGCGGGUGCUGCAGCCGUCACUUCUAUCUGCCUUUUUCCUCACUGCACUAUACAUAUGUACAGGCGAAGUUCUGCCGCUGCUGCGGGGAAUGGCGCGUAGGAUUUUCUUCUUCUUCUUUUUUUUUUUUUCUGUGAGAUGCAGCUGUCAAGUAGCACUGCAGCCAGGCCGAAAGAAUACAGUAUAAUACUAGUAUAGGAAGUUGCAAAGAAAAAAAUUGCUGCUUGUUUGCAUUAAAAGAAGAGAGUUGA